AUGAAUAGAAAGGAUGCACAGACGCAUGAUGCCUUUAAGUUUUAUGGAUUUGAAGAGAAUAUUUUUCUUUUUCUUCCGAACUUAAUAGGAUAUUCUCGGAUUCUGCUGGCAGCUGCAUCUUUAAAAUUUAUGCCAUAUCAUCCUAAAUAUUGUACAUGGCUUUAUAUUUUAUCAUGUUUGCUUGAUGCAUUUGAUGGGAUGGCUGCCAGAUGGUUAGGUCAAUCAACGAAAUUUGGUGCUAUUUUAGAUAUGGUUACAGAUCGAUGCACUACAUCUUGUUUGUUAUGUUUUUUAUCUUCCGCGUACCCAGCAUAUACGUUUACCUUUCAGUUUCUUAUUUCUAUCGAUUUGGCAAGUCACUACAUGCAUGUAUUUUCAACAUUAUCUCAGGGGAGUUCUUCUCAUAAGAAGAUUCCUGAUGAUCAGAGUUGGAUUGUUCGACAAUAUUAUCAAAAUAAUAUUAUUCUUUUUGUUUUUUGUGCUGCAAAUGAGCUUUUCUUUGUAGCGUUAUAUCUUCUUUCUUUUCCUCCAAAAUCUCCACCACGACUUGGUUAUGUCUUUAAUAUUCCACUUUCAUAUCCUGUGUUAAUUGGCAUUGUAAGUUUUCCUAUUUGCCUUGGAAAACAGAUUAUUAAUAUUGUUCAAAUGAUUAAUGCAGCCAAGGCACUUGCAGACAUUGAUAAGGAAAACAGAAAGAAAGAAAAAUCCAUGUAA